CGAGCCAAUAAAGCGUGAACCCGUCCGUCCGGCUCGCACUUUAAGACUUCCCCAGCGACCGCGGGGACGCCAGUCGAGCCUGGAGACGCUUACCUGCCGCUUCCCCCGCCGUCCGGUGCACCUGGCUGCAAGGAAUCUCGUUCGGAAGGAGGACGGCGACACUCGGCGGAGUUGGAAACGGCGCGCGCCGUCUGGGCACUGUUUUUCCGCGGAACGUGGGACCGCCUUGGCGACUCCUUCCCUAAACCGUGCCCCCUCCACCCGCUCCCAGCCAGCCCGAGAAAGGUGGGACGACGGCUCCCGGCUCUAGUUACAGAAGCGGACCGUGCCCGUCGAGGAGGGUUGGAAAAUGCCCCGCGCGUUCCUGGUGAAGAAGCCGUGCGUCUCCACGUGCAAGAGGAACUGGAGCGAGCUCCCCGACGAGGAGCGCGGCGAGAUCUACGUGCCAGUCAGCCUGGGCUUCUGCCCACCACAGCCCUACCGUGAGCCGGAACCAUCAGUGGCCGAACCCCCUUCCUACCCGCUGGCUUUGGACAUGAGUCUCCGGGACGCCAGCUAUAGUGUAGCCCCUGCACCCUGUGUGGUGGCCCAGCUGCCCUCGGAAGACAUGGGCCGCCUGACAGACCCCCAGAGCAGAGACCACGGCUUCCUGCGCACCAAGAUGAAGGUGACCCUGGGGGACAGUCCCAGUGGAGACCUCUUCACUUGCCACAUCUGCCAGAAGGCCUUCACCUAUCAGCGCAUGCUGAAUCGCCACAUGAAGUGUCACAAUGACGUCAAGAGGCACCUCUGCACGUACUGUGGGAAGGGCUUCAACGACACCUUUGACCUCAAGAGACACGUCCGGACCCACACAGGGGUCCGGCCCUACAAGUGCAGCCUGUGUGACAAGGCCUUCACUCAGCGCUGCUCUCUGGAGUCUCACCUCAAGAAGAUCCACGGCGUGCAGCAGAAGUACGCGUACAAGGAGCGGCGGGCCAAGCUGUACGUGUGCGAGGAGUGUGGCUGCACGUCCGAGAGCCAGGAGGGCCAUGUCCUGCACCUGAAGGAGCACCACCCUGACAGUCCGCUGCUGCGCAAGACCUCCAAGAAGGUGGCCGUGGCCCUGCAGAACACUGUCACUUCCCUGCUGCAGGGCAGUUCCCACCUGUGAGUGGCACAAGCCCCGGGCAUGCUCCCGGAGGCCCCGAGGGGGUCCAGGCUUACCUCCCUGCUGCCCAGCGGGUCCACUCUCCUGUGGCCUCUUGCCCAAACACCGGUGAUCAGGACUGGAGCUCCCAUGCCUCAGCAUCCCUUCCCGGGCACACAUGCUCACUCGGGCCCAGCAAUGACCUCUGCUCAUUUUUGCAUUUUUGGUUUAUGGGCACAGGCCGCACUGAGCCUGGAAAGACGUGUGUUUGGGGAAGGGGUGAGACCAAGGCUGCCUUCGGUUAGAAGCAGCUGCCUUCAGAGACCAGCACUGUUUCCUGGCAGCAGGACUUCCUUCCCAGAGGAGGUGCAAGACAGGAUCCUGCUGCCCUCACCUCUGAGCGCAGGGCAGGGGCUUUGGGUCCUCAGUGGACAAUAGAGUCAAGAGCACUGGCAAAGAGCAACCCCGAAAGCAACCGUGGUGGGGAGCUGGUGACAGCCCACCCACCUAGCAGGGCUUUUUAAUGCUCAGGGUUCCUGGGGGCUCCGCCCUUCGACAAGGAGAGGCACACGUGUGCGCGCGGCUGUGUGUGCGUGUGCGCGCCUGUGCACACACAGGCAGCCUUUCCACAUAUCACCUCAUUUUUAAGAAAUCAACUGCAAGGUGCCAGGGAGGUUUUAUUUCCUUUUUUAAAAGAUGACAAUGUACAGAUAUUAAUAUAUUUUUGGUGCCACUGGCAACUGUUUUUAAGAGAGGGAUGGAGCUGGCUUUUCUCCAGUCCCAUGCAGUUCUAUUUAUCCUGGACAUUUCAAACCUCCUCUGUGCCGUGGCUCUGGGGGUGGCUGCCAUGACAUACCCCCCUGUUCUUUGUCCCUCUGGAGAUAUUUAACCGAAGACCUUCCCCUAGCCCUGCCCUGGAGGAUGACUGCUCCAUCUUCCCUCUGCCCUCCUGGCCUCUGACCCCUCCCCAUCCUUUUGAGGAGAGCCCCAGGUGACCUGAGGAGCCUGCUCGCCUCCUGACGACAGACCACAGACCGCUCCUGGAGUAACUGGCCAUUCCGCGCUGAGGUUGUGUACCGCUGGGGCUUCAGGGGUCAGCCAGGUGGCAUGAUUAGUCUUUGACACCAGUCCAUUGCCUGAAGUACAAGACACGUGCGGGGCCAGGCUGGAAGGCUAACCCUUUUCCUGUUUGAGUCAAAAACUCUAGCACAACAGUAAAAUAUUAGGGCAGGUAAGAACCUACACAUCAGAAACUUCCAGAGGGAGGAGAGUAUUAAUAUCAGAUGGUCACCAAAUCUUAUUUGUAGCUUUUAUACUGACUGUUCUUCAAAUGGCCAGGUUGGGCUUUUGACCGUGGAAAGAGCCAUCCUGGGUUGGCUGGCUCCCUUGGCGCAGCUGGGUGUCCUGCUGAUACCAGGAAGAGGGGUCUAAAGGAGUAUGUGUUUUGUGGGUCAAAAGGGAAGACAGGAGGGGUUAGAGCCAGCCUGCCUAGAGCGAGGGAGGCAAGCAAAAGAGGUCCAACCACGGCUGGCCGCACAGGCCUUGAAACCAAGCCCCAGCCCAAGCAGGAGCAGCCUUGGCCUCCAGUGUCUGCACAGACCCCGGCUCAGCCCUGGCCCCCGGCUGACCUGAGAGCAAGAAGCCUGCUUGGACUGCCCUCUGAAACGUAUGGAGAGUGCUUCUGAAGACUCUUGUUUUACUUUACUAGAGUGGGGAGCUGCUGUGUUCUGAAAGUUACCUAGCGUAAAAUAACAUAUCUGGAAGCUCUGUUUUUGUUUACAUUUCUAUAUCCCUGGGUUCACUGCCAGUCUGAGGCAGUCAUGAGGCUCUGUGUUCUCUGUUUUGUUUUAUAAUCUUCCCCCUAACUAUUAUAUUAAAAUCGGAGAACUAA